AUGGAGAAGAAAUUCGAUGCUCACAUGGCGGAUACCACCAGCGUCGCAGAACCUGAGGCGCGGUGGCAAGGUUUGAGAAGAGUACCUGAUAACCUGCCCAAGGUUGCAUUACUGAUUUUGGCUGUCGAGCUCGGUGAGCGAUUUACCUACUUUGGUCUCUCUGGCCCUAUCCAAAACUACAUCAACAACCCAUAUGCACCAGGAUCUGAUCUCCCGGGCGCUCUUGGGAAGGGCCAGGCUGUUGCGACAGCUCUCGGUAAUUUUUUCAAGUUCUGGGCCUAUGCUUCAACAGUCAUCGGUGCCAUCGUAGCUGAUCAAUACCUUGGCAAGUUCCGAGCAAUUUGCUGCGCUUGUGUCAUCUACACCCUCGGCCUCGUUAUUCUCGUCUCAACGUCCACCCCUACAGCUAUUCUAAACAAUGCCGGUCUUGGAGGUCUCAUUGCCGCUAUGGUCACAAUCGGUCUUGGAACAGGGGGAAUUAAGGCCAAUGUAACUCCCAUGUGCGCUGAGCAAUACCAACACUCCCAUCCAAUUCUUAGGACUCUCAAGUCUGGAGAAGAAGUUAUUGUUGACCCCGAGCUUACCGUGCAGAGACUCUUCAUGUGGUUCUAUUGGGUCGUUAACAUUGGAGCUCUGUCGCCUCUUAUCACAGUCAACGUCGAGGCCCAUCAUUCUUUCUGGCUGGCAUACUUGAUCCCUUUGAUAGCCAUCCUCAUUUCUGCCUCUGUCUUCGUCGCGGGCCGCAACAAGUACAUACGCGUCCCACCAGUUGGUUCAGCCAUCCUCGAUGCUUGCCGUACAACCAGCAUCGCCAUCAAGGAGAAAGGCUUCAUAAAUGCUCGACCCUCAGUCCUCAGAGCCCAGGGCAACAGCGACAAGUAUCCGAUAGCGAGUCAAUCCAGGUAUACUGACGAGUAUGUUGGAGAUGUCCAGCGAGGACUCAAGAGCUGCAAGAUGUUCCUUUUCUUCCCAUUUUAUUUCAUCUGUUGGAAUCAGAUGUGGAACGAUCUCAUCUCCCAAGCCGGAACAAUGGCACUCCACGGGACACCUAACGAUUUGCUGCAAAACCUCGAUCCAAUUGCUCUUUGCUUCUUCAUCCCCUUCCUUGACUUGAUCGUCUAUCCCCUCCUCCGCAAGUACAAGAUCGACUUCGACCCUGUGACUCGCAUCUUUUUGGGCUUUAUGUUCGCCUCCUUCUCGAUGGCCUAUGCUUGCGUCCUCCAGCAUUAUAUCUACAAUUCCCCACCCAACAGCAUACAUGUCUGGAUCCAGGCGCCAGCAUAUAUCCUAGUGGCCUUAUCCGAAGCGUUUGUCAUCAUUACUGGUCUGGAGCUAGCUUUUACGCAGGCACCUCGCAAUCUACGCUCUGUUAUCUCAGCUCUCUUCUGGCUCACUAUUGCAGUUGCUGCCGCCAUCUGUAUCGCCUUGGGAGUCGUAUCUCAAGACCCCUACCUCGUGUGGAUGUAUGGCGCCGUGGGUAUUUCCGGGUUUAUUGCUGGUUGUGUUUUCUACAUUUGUUUUCGCAAGGGCCGAAAGCAGCCUAUCUCAAGCGAUGAGAUCGUCAUUGAAGGUACUUUAUUAAAAUAA